CGUUUGCAGAUAAUUAUUCUAUCGCUACUGCCCUUCCUCUGCUUUGGGCAGUUCUCGAUUCAAGGGCCGAGCGAUGGGAAUCGUCGGGCCCAGGGUCUGAAGUAUAGCGCAGACAAGGGUGUGGAAUAUACGGAUCAAGCCGCGUCAUUGGGAACAUCGGGCUUUUCAAUUCAAGGUGCUAGUGAUGGUAAUAGUGACUUUCAAAUCCAGGGCGCGACUGAUGGCAAUUCCGACUUUCAUAUUCAGGGUGCUAGCGACGGAAAUGCCGAGUUUCAAAUCCACGGGCCGACCGAUGGGGGUAGCCAAGCUUAUCUUCACAAUUAUGGGGCCAGUCAAGAAGAGCCUCAGCAGCCUGCCAAUCAGGGCAGGGCAAUAGAAUACAAAGAUCCAAGUGGGCAUCGGGUAAAUUGGCGAUCGUACAAUCGGGCUCCCAGCAAUCCUAGUCCUCAGCAGCAAUACGAGGAGCCGACACCACGACCGGUCCACCGACGUCCCAGUCACAGACGAGCGCAGCCUCAAGCGGCUCGCGCCGAGCCCCAGCCUCAACCCCAAGCACAAGCCCGACCCCACGCCCAGGCACAUCCGGUCGCCCAGCCCCAGUAUCAGGCUCCCGUUGCCAACAUCAAUUACAACCCCAUCGAAAAGGCACCGCCCUCCAUUCAAGAGAUCCUGCAAUUUCAGGCUCAGAUACCGUACAUCAACAUUAUACCCGAGCACCUCAGAAUCGACGCCCUCUCAGCCGCUCAAGCUCAGGCCAACAAAUUCGCCGAAGAAUACCCCAAGCAAGUACUGGCUCAACAGCAAUCGGCCGAACUGGUGAUCGAGGAGGCACCUCGGAGCGUGUAUAGGUCAAAGCCCCGACAGCACCAGCGAUCGCGCGAACAGCCACGGGAAAAUUCCCGCGAGCAGGUACGCGAGCGCCGUCAGGCACCGACUUACACCGGCUACGAGGAGCGUCAGCAGCAGCCACACGCAGUACCAAACCAGAAAUCUUACGGGAGACUGAGCCAACCGCCGGCGGAGCCCGUACCCCAAUAUUCCAGCAACGUGCCUCAGCAGAUCCAGCAAAUACUGCGCUACCAAGCCCAGAUCCCCUACGACGUGAUCGCCAACCAAAUAAUCUACCGUCUGGAUAAGCCCUACGUACCCCAGCCGGCCCAGCAGCCAGGACUUCGAUCUGCCCAGACCCAGCCAAUACCGGCUCAGUAUAAGCCACGGCCCACCAACUAUCAACAGGACUACGUCGCGGAGCAGGCUGCUGCCUACCCACAGCAGCCCCCUCAGCAGGAGCAUACUCAGGGUCAGAUUCGUCAAACCGGCAAUCCGUAUUACGAUAAUCAGCAACGGCCAGUGGCACAACCAGUCAACGAGCGACAAUAUUAACACUUGGACGCACUCGAUCAGGCUCCGUGUGUUUUAUUUUUAUGUUUAUUUAUCCCUUCUUAUCUUCUAGCUUUCGCGUCCCAGCAGUCGAUUAAUUUUGCCAAGAGCCGACCAGCGACUUUCAUUCGGUUAUUAUAAGUAAU